AAAUAAUAUGCAAUUCUAAUCAAAUCUAGAUGCUUAAGCUGAGGCUAGAGGGUAGAGUGGCUAUAAUAACCGGUGCAGCUGGAGGAAUUGGUGAGGCAGCAGCGAGAUUAUUCGUUGAAAAUGGUGCUUUUGUUGUGAUUGCUGAUGUUCAAGAUGAAUUAGGUGAUCGAGUUGUAGCAUCAAUUGGACCAGAGAGAUGCAGUUACAAACACUGUGAUGUUACUGAUGAAAAGCAAGUGGAAGAGACUGUGGCUUAUACAUUGGUAAAGUAUGGUACUCUUGAUAUCGUGUAUAGCAAUGCCGGUAUCUUAGGAUCAUUGGCCGGUGUUCUUGAUUUAGACAUGAAAGCAUUGGAGAAAAUUAUUGAUGUCAAUGUCUGUGGUGGUGUAGCCAUGAUAAAGCAUGCAGGUCGAGCUAUGGUGGCACAGAAUAUUCGCGGAUCAAUCAUAUGUAAAGUAAGUGUAGGAGGAACUCGGGGUGGGAUAGGACCACCAGGUUACACAGCAUCAAAACACGCACUUCUGGGUGUGGUUCGAUCAGCUUCCCGCGAGUUCGGGAUAUAUGGAAUUAGAGUUAACUGUGUGUCUCCCUAUGGAGUUGUUACACCAAUGACAUGUACUAUCCCUGGAUUGCGGACACGGUUAGAUCCGGAGUUUAUUCAAGAGCAAAUGUCUUCAAUUUCGAAUCUAAAGAAUAUGUGUUUGUAAUAAUUAUAUUUUGCCAUAUUUA